AUAAAGCUGCAGUCGUCGACGUAGCGCGAUCGACUCCGCACGUCGCCUAUAUAUACAUCGUAUUGUAUUAUAGUAGCAGCUCGAUCGCGACCAUCUCUCUCUCUCUCUCUCUCUCUGUUUCGGACUGUGUUUUAUAUACAAGUCGUGUGGUCGUAUCAUAUCUCUCGCUGGCCGUUUGUGUGUUGUGUGUAUGCCCAUGAAGUAGUGGUAGUACGUCGCGUUGGCGGCAGCGGCAACUAUAAUACGGCGCUCGGAGACUCGACAGCGAACGAGUGAAGUUGCCUCGAUUCCUCCUGCUGAUCGCACCGCCGUCUCUUUCUCGCUCGUUUCACUGCUAACUGUUAUAUGUAUAUGUGAAAUUCGCGCAUACACGCACGCCAACUUUUGCUAUCGUCGCCAAAUCGGAGCAACCUAUAAUAAUAAUACGCGCUGCUGCACACUUACACACACACACACACUCAGUCGCGCGAACCAGUGGACGAAGCAGCAGUAGCAGCAGCAGCAGUAGUAACACACGAGGCAGCAGCAGCAGCAGGCAGUGCACAGUUCUUAUACAUUAGUUUGGAAUUCGGUGUGUGUGCGUGCGCGUGUCAGUCUCUGUAUCGUUUCGCGAAAGAAGAGUCAUAGAUUUCAUCCCUCUCGGUGUGUGUGUGUGUGUUUGCAGGCGCAGAGGUAUCCCCGCGAGCGGCUACCUACGUGCAUUUUAUAAUAAAUAUAAUAUCGAAUAUAUAAAGUGAGAGAAGACUCAACGGGUAGCAAACAUGUCGCGCUCGGAAAAGGAGCGUGCCAAACAGAUACAGGACAAGUGCCAGGCGCUGCUCACGCAGAUGUUGCGCGACGAGGACAACAAAUACUGCGUCGACUGCGAUGCAAAAGGUCCAAGAUGGGCAAGCUGGAAUCUCGGCAUAUUUCUGUGCAUCAGAUGCGCGGGCAUACACAGAAAUCUUGGCGUACACAUAAGCAAAGUCAAGUCCGUCAAUUUGGACUCCUGGACUCCGGAUCAAGUUGUGAGUUUACAACAGAUGGGAAACUCUCGCGCGAGGGCCGUGUACGAGGCGAACCUGCCCGACAGCUUCCGAAGGCCCCAGACCGACUGCAGCCUGGAAAACUUCAUUCGAGCUAAAUACGAGCACAAAAAGUACAUAGCCCGCGAGUGGGUGCCACCAGUAUUACCCAAGGUGAACUGGGACAAGGAAUUGGACGAGGAGGCGGAGAAGCAGCGCAGACGAAAGAAGGAGAGCAGUCAGAAGAUCACGAGUCAGAGUACACUGCCACCGGUGAAAAAGCCACAGGUGGUACCUCAGCUGCCCAAGCCCCAUAGUUCCGCCAGCCAAAAGCCCAACAGAAUCAGUAGUAGCAACAACACUGCGAUAUUGGAUCUUCUUGGUCUUGAUGCACCGGAGAAUCAAACGAGCACGAACGGCAGCGGCUCGGCGAGCGACGACAUAUUCACCUCGUUCCUGUCGGGUCCACCGGCCUCGUCCGGUGCUCCAGCCGCGACGAACGGCAGCAGCAGCGGCGGCACCUCGUCCGAGGCCAAGAACGCCAACAACUCGGCCAAGUCCGAGGAGGAGAGCUUCUUCAAUCAGACGGCACCGACGCCCCAGGAGAAGAGCAAAAUGACCAAGGACAGUAUUCUGGCGCUCUACGCCGCGCAGCCCGCUCAGCCCUUCGGGGGCGUCUCCGCCGCGGCCAACGCCACCUCCGUGGGCGCCGAUUUGAACCCGUUUACAGGCGCGUCCCUGUUCAAUCAUCAGGCCGCGAUGCCCGCCGCGCAACAGUUUCCCCAGCAGUUCGCGAGCGUCUUCAAUCAGCCGACGAAUCAACAUCAUCAUCUGCAGUCGCAGAUGGGAGGGAUGCAUCAUCAGAUGAACUCCGUCGGCAGCCAGAUGGUCUCGAACUCGAGCCUGUUCGGAUCCGUCGCGGCCAAUCCGAUGAUGAACAAUUCGCCCAUGACGAUGCCGCAGAUGCAACAAAGUAUGACCAAUUCCGCCCCUCAAAUGAACAGUAAUAACGGUUGGAGCACAUUGGUCGCUACGCAAAACUUGCAACCAGCUCCGGGUAGCAAUCCGUUCUUGAAUCUUUCUGCUCAGCAGCCUGCAGCUCAGCCUUUUGGACAGUUGCCGCAGCAAAUGUCUCAAAUGUCGCUGGGAGGUAUGAAUUUGGUUACCAAUCCUGCAAAGCCAGCUACGACUUCACUACCAGGUCAAACUCUGUCGACAAAUUUAUGGCAGUAGAAGCCCUUUAGACUGAAUGUGAUUGAUUAUUGUUUACAAUAUUAUAGGCCGGUCUAACUGUUAAAUUUAUUGAAAUGAAGAAAGAAAACUGGGAGCAAAGAAAGUGUUUUAGUUGAAAAUUUAAUGACUUGACUUUUUCACUCGAUGAAAAGAUAAUUAUAUGCACGUAUGCGUCGUUAUAUACAUGUAUACUGAUGUUUUUUGAUGAUACAUAAAGACUUCCAAAUCAUUGUCAGAGUGUCACAAGUGAAACAAUGCUUGCAUAAUGAUGCCAUGGUUUCAUAUAUAUUAUAAGUUUCUUUAAUGAUGCAAUUAUUCUUAAUAUAGUUUUAACAUAAUGCGCAAUGUCAGAAAAUGUACGAUAUGAGUGAAGAGAUAUGUCUAUAGAAGAAAACAGGAAUUGUGCAAGAUGUAAAUUUAUUGUUGCAUAAUAGAUACUUAGUUUUUUUAAUGACCAACGACAGAAUACAACGUAGAAUUGUGCCCAAGACUAUGGAAAUAAAGCAGACAUUUUUAGGGAAAAAAUUCAAAUGAAAUCAAAUGAAACAUCGAAUGAUUUUCAGGGACAAGUUUAAACUUAAAAGACAUUUUUCAGUGAUCAUUAUCAUUUUUUCAACAAAUGAAGUGACAUUUUUUCUUUGAAAUGAUUAUUUCAUAGGCAGUAAAUAAAAUACAUGUUUGAAAAAAUAACUAAUGUUAUAGCCUUUUUAGUUACGAUGGUGUAGCGUAAUGAAUAAAAACAUACAUUAUAUUUAAAAUAAUUCUUCAAAUUAUAAGCCUGCUACUGAUUGGAUAAUAACAAGUGUGAUAUUAUAUAGCAGUAUCUAAUUUCCAUAGACUUGUUAUUCCAAUACAAAAUGAUUAUAUAUAAAUGUAACAGUUAUUAAUUAAAAAAUUUUAUCAUUUUUUCUCAUUUUUACUCAUAUAAAACAAUACAUCAUCAGCUGAUAUUUAAUGUUAA